AUGGAAUUCCCGCUCCCCCAGUUGUCCUUGCCACCUCGGAAAAACUCCUAUCACACAUUGAUCAGCUAUCCGACCGGCAAUUAUACGGAACAAUCAAAUAAUUGGAUUAAUCCGUCUCCCGUUUCGAUUCAAACCGAGGUCAACCUAACAUCCGAAGAGUCGUUUGCGAUUAGUAAAAAACUGGAAGGUUACGCUGCUCGUCCGCACCUUCGUGCACCAUCGAUUGACCACGAUGAACAAAUUAUCGUUGAUGACGACGAUUCGUUGCCAUUUGGAGACUAUGUGACUCAUUCCGGGAACGGAAUCAAGAAUCUACACGGUAAUCAAAAUGUGAUUGUUCGCUCUCCAUCGCCAGUUGCUGUAAGACCACCAAUAAGGCGGGAUCGAUCGGAAAUUGGCAGAAAGCAGAGAUGCUUGGUUUGUGAUACUGUUACAUCCGGCUUUCAUUUUGGUGCCGUUUCUUGUGCAGCAUGUAGUGCAUUUUUCAGGAGAACAAUUGCUGAGCGUCGGGAAUAUACUUGCCGAGCAGAAGGAUCAGCCCAUUUAAAAUGUGAAAUAAGCGCAGAACAACGUUGUUAUUGUCGUGCUUGUCGUCUACAAAAGUGCAUUGAUGUCGGCAUGGAUCCUAUGGCCGUUCAACCACAUCGUGAUCAAAUUGGUGCCAAACGCAAACACGAUGGACAGCGGCAUUCAAUGGAAUCGCCAGUCCCAAGCGCCGAUGGUUCCUUGUAUUUGAAUCCGCGUAUUGAAGAAGUACUUUCUGGUCGGCUGGCUCGGUCAAUCGGCGGAUCACCUCCACUCAAAAGAGGAAAAGCCACCACAGCACUUUUAGCUUCGAAUACUGCAUAUGCCGAACAGUUGAUUGCUCUUUCGCGACAACCUGUGAUUUCUGAGCGAAAAGCGGCAACUUUAACGACUCGCCAUGCUCAAUCAUCGUCUCCAACAGUCAGCGAGGAAAACGACAAUGUUGUUCAGAGAGAAUCCGCUGAUUCUGACGCCAAGAAGCCCCCAACUUUAGAAGAAAAACUUCCAAGUGUUAACAAUGAAUCUAAUGACGAGGGGAAGUUUAUUGUGUAUGAGUAUGAACUUUAUUCUGGCGACGAAGGAAGCGCUGAAUCGGGAUCGAAACCACGUAGCUGGCCAUCUGAGGGUAAACACCGAAUAUCUUUGAUGCCUCAAGAUAAAAACGAAACUGAUACUAGCAAUUUACCCGAUCCAAGCGAGAAUGUGAUCGAGACCCUCGUCUCUGCAUAUGAAAGACUUCGGGAGCGAAGGCGUCUUUUAUAUUGCCCGGAUACGAUUCGAGACAUCUUGGGUGGAAAUCAACCGGUUUCACGUCCGGCUGAUUGUGGAGCUCGUAUGCAAAAGCAACGUCUUCGUCAAGAAGUCGGUCUUGUUGCCGAAUUUCUAUCCGUUUUAACACCAUUUACAAACUUGGAUUUGGAUGAUAAAAUUGCCUUGUUCAAAGCACUAUCUUGUCCAUAUUCAAUUCUCGAAAAACACUAUGUGACGAUGAGGGGUGGUGGUCUGCAACAAAAUCGAAUUAUUCACAACGACAACUCAUACACGGAUUUAACUGAUGCUGCACUUGACCGCUUACAAUUAGAAGGAGGAAAAGCUGAUCAUCCAUUUACCGACAAAGCCAUGCUCAAACGAGUAUUUAUUGACCCUCUUCGUGAUUCUCUACAAGAAGUUACGGGAGCAAUGUACAACAUGAAGAUGACAGAUGUCGAGUUCUGCGCACUUAUCGCCGUUAUUCUUUUUGAUCCUUCUACUGCCGGGUUAUCGGACGCAACUCGAGCACAUGUUCGUGCGGCGCGAGAAAGGAUUUACGAGGAUUGGUUCCUCUAUUAUCGAUCGCGUAAUGUUCUUGAUUCUAGCCAACGUGUUGGUAAUACCAUGUUGCUUCUUCCAGCGGUUCAGGCAACAGCUGAGAAAUCCCAUGAAAACUAUCACAUGGUUCGUGUGUUUGACCUGUUUGCCUACGAUAAAAUACUGGACGAGAUCAUGCUGCAAGCC